CAAUUUUCCAUCUUCCUCCUCAUCCUGGGUCGAUAGGAGAAUGCGCAUCAUCUCUUGAAGUAUGCACGAGCCUGCUGCGGUAACAAUUUGGCCUCCAUUACGAGGAUGCCUGCUGAUACCAACGACUUAGAGCCUCACGGAGAGCCUGACGGAGAGCUAGAUCCUAGACCUAGUUGCGACAGCAGUGGUUCGUUCUCAUCCUCCUUGUCGUCUGCCAAUGAUCUUGACGGCACCGAAUCUCUUAUUUCGAAUCUCAGAGCUUCCAAUUUUGAAAACAAACGCCGCUAUCACAAAUACGAAGCGGGUCGCUACAUGCUGCCGAAUGACGACAUUGAGCAAGAUCGCGAGGAAUUGAAAUACGCCUUGAUAGUGAACCUCUGCGACGGAGCUAACAUAAUGCUCCUUUACACUGGCACUGGUAUAUGGGCCAUGGAGAUCCCGCUGCCAGUGGCGCUGACGUGUCUGCUUCAAGUGGGUGACGACUAUCCAGAGGCGGAGAUCAUCAGCCUAGAUUUAAGUCCCAUUCAACCUGUGUAUGUGCCCCCAGACGUACACUUCACAGUUGAUGAUGUUGAAGCCGACUGGCUGCACGCACCCAACUCAAUUGACUGUGUUCACCCAACGAGUAGCCAAGGCUUUUGUCACAAGCGUACAGAUAUCAAUAUUGCUAGGGACUUCGCAGGUCAUUUGGAAUCAGCAGGCUUCACGAAUCAGAUCCACGACAUGAGAAAGGUGCCCGUAGGAACGUGGCCAAAAUUCCCAGAUUUGAGUGCCAUUGGAGACUAUUGUCGCGCAGUAAACUACGACUUGAUUGAAGCAAUCACGAACUUGCCUUUUGCGAGGGGCUUCGGUUGGUCUAGGCCGCGAGUGGAAGUGUUUUUGAUUGAAGUACGCAAAGACUUGCUCAAUAACUCGUUCCAUCCGUAUCACUUCUACCACUCUUACUUACUCCGGCCAAAAGCCUUUACAGCAAGUUUCAUAAUGCAAUGUGCAAACCCAGCUUCUUAUAUUGCGGACUGCGGCGGCCAACCCACAAUUGAGUCUAAGAGUACGAUUGUCUAGCUCGCGGUACUCCGUACGAUAUAUAACAUUUGGGAUUUGCUACAUGGGGAAGAGAACUUGUCGCCUAAGGUGGAUAAUUCGAUGCCCGGCUUAGAAGGCAGUCAGACCUGAAACCCUCAAAUUCCAUCUUGCUCCUUAAUUAUUUGGGCUUUUUAAUCAUGUUAUGACUAGUUCAGAUCCACAUCUAGUCUAGACUGAUGACACUGAGCCAGAAAUCUAGGUUUUCCUACAUGCAGU